AUGGCUAAGAAGACCAGCCAAAGAGUCCCCCCACCUAUUGUGGUCGACAAGUUCACUCUAAGCGGAGUUGACCCCGUUGAAGCCCCUAAAUUUGCUGAAGGCGAAGUUCGUGACUAUCUUGUGACUACUCCCAGUAGUAAGUUGGUUCGGAAUAGAUCCAUUGAUACUCAAGAAUAUGCUAUACUUUUUGGGUUGCUUAUAGUUGCCUGUGUGGUUAGACUUUAUGCGUUAGGGUUCCCCAAUUCUGUUGUGUUUGAUGAGGUCCAUUUUGGUAAGUUUGCGGCCAAAUAUAUUAAGAAGGAGUUCUUUAUGGAUGUUCAUCCUCCCUUAGCCAAGAUGCUCUAUGGCUGGGUAGGUCAAUUGGGUGGUUAUGAUGGUGAGUUCCCCUUUAAAACCAUUGGUGAUCCGUUCCCUCCCGAGGUUCCAUACUAUUUGAUGAGAUUAUUCCCUGCUGUUUUGGGUGUAGGCACUGUGUUGUUUUGUUACUUGACGUUAAGAAACUCCGGGGUUAGACCUUUGGUGGCUUUAUUCACCCUGUCGGUGUUUUUGAUUGAAAACAGUUCGGUCACUCUUUCGAGAUACAUUCUUUUGGACUCUCCCUUGAUGUUCUUCAUAGCCUUUUCCAUCUGGGCUUAUAAGAAGUUUGAGUUCCAAAAGCCUUUUACUAGUGCUUGGUUCACUUAUUUGGUGCUUACUGGUGUAGGUUUGGGUUUAUCCUUCUCUUCUAAAUGGGUUGGUCUCUUCACCAUUGCUUGGGUUGGUGCUUCUUGUGUUUACCAGGUUUGGUUUAUUAUUGGUGAUUUGAGUGUCACUUUCCCCCAAGUCGUGGCUCAUUUGUUCUACCGUGGGUUUAUCCUUUUGGGGGUUCCUUUGACCAUGUACUUGGGCUUUUUCGCUAUUCAUUUCAAUAUCUUAACCAAAGAUAAUGAAUCUACUGCUCUUCUGACCUCCGCCUUCAAGGCUUCGUUGGAGAAUAACAAUAUUCCAAAGAAUAUGUUGGCUCUGGUUGGGUUGGGGUCUGUGGUUACCAUUAAACAUUUGGAAACUUUUGGUGGUUACUUGCAUUCUCAUAACCAUUUCUAUCCAACUGGUUCCAAACAACAACAAAUCACCUUAUACCCUCACAUUGAUCAUAACAAUAAAUGGGUCAUUGAACCUUAUAAUCUGACGAUUCCCGAAGAUGAAUUUGUUCCUUUAACCAAUGGUAUGAAGAUUAGAUUGAAACACGCUUCCUCUGGUAGAAGAUUACAUUCCCAUGAUGAAAAGCCACCAGUUUCUGAGAGAGAUUGGCAAAAGGAAGCUUCCUGUUAUGGUUAUGAUGGAUUUCCUGGUGAUGCCAACGAUGAUUUUGUUGUUGAAAUUGUUCAGAAAAGAUCUCAACCAGAGGCCCGUCAUUUUGUUAGACCAAUCCAGACAAUUUUCAGAUUAAAACAUGCUAUGACUGGAACUUAUUUGUUUUCUUCCGAAGUUAAGUUACCUGAUUGGGGUUUUAAGCAACAAGAAGUUACUACUGCUUCUCAAGGUGCAAGACCUUUGACUUAUUGGUACAUUGAAGAGAAUACCAAUGAAAGAAUCCCCGCUGCCAGUCGUACUUAUGUUGAUUAUCCUAAGUUUGGUUUCUGGGAGAAGUUUUUGGAAUCUCACAAGCGAAUGUGGAUCAUUAACAAUGGGUUAACUGGUCACCACAACUGGCAAUCAUCUCCUCAAAGUUGGCCAUUGUUUGAAAGAGGUAUUAACUAUUGGGUUCAUGAUCAUCGUCAAGUUUAUUUGUUUGGGAACAUUCCAUUAUACUAUGCUGUAACUGCUGCUCUUGUUACUUUCGUUGUACACGUUAUGAUUUCUGUCUUGAGAUGGCAAACGGGUAGAAGUGUUGCAACUAACAAAAACGUUUUCAACUUCAACUCACAAGUGUUUGGAUAUACUUUAGGUUGGAUCCUACACUUUUUCCCAUUCUUCAUUAUGGGUAGACAAUUGUUCAUUCAUCAUUAUUUACCAGCCUUUUACUUUGGUGUCUUGGUUGUGGGACACUUUUUUGAAUUAAUUGUGGAUUAUAUUUGUGUUUCUCCAAGAUUACGUCAAAUGUCGUAUGUUUUCUUUGGACUUUUCUUUGCUGCUUCGGUCUUCUUCUACUACAAUUAUUCUUCAUUGAUUUAUGGUACUCCAUGGACCAAGAAGGUUUGUAACAACUCAAAGCUUAUUUCAACUUGGGACUUUGAGUGUAACGCAUUCUUUGAUACCCCGGGAGAAUACAGUAACUACACCAUGACUAACAUUUAUAUGCCAACUGUCACCAAGACCAUGACCAAAGAUGCUCCUAAACCAUCGGCAGUGGAAACGGUUUUCGUGAAGCAAGCUGCUCCUGGUGAAGAUCAAGAGGAACUUGUGCAAGCUGCGUUGCAAGAAGCUGCCGAAAAGAAGUCUGCUGUUCAAGCUGCUGCUGGUGAAAAGAUUGAAGAAGUUAAGGAAAACGUUGAAGAAGUCAAGGACGAAGUCAAAGCGAAGGUUGAAGAAGUCAAGGAAAAAGUUGAAGAAGUCAAGGAAGCCGUUCCUGAAGUGGUUGAGGAAGUCAAGGAAAACGUUGAAAAAGUCGAAGAAGCCGUUCCUGAAGUAGUUCAGGAAGUCAAGGGAAAGAUUGAAGGUGUUCCAGAAGCUGUUGAGCAAGUAGUGGAAGCUGUUCCAGAAGCUGUUGAACAUGCUAAGAAAGCUGUUCACGAAGCUAUUGAGAACGUCAAAGAAGCCGUCCCAGAAGCUAUUAAGCAAGCUAAGGAAUCUGUUCACGAAGCCGUUGAACAGGCCAAGCCAGUUAAGGAAGAAGCAGCUGAAGAAGUUCUCGAAGUCGUCCCCGAAGCAGCUGAAGAAGUUCUUGAAGAAGCUCAGGCGACUCCAGAGAUUUCUCAAGCCAUUGAUGAACAUCAAGAAUUGGAAUCUCCUCCUCCAGCUGAAACCGUUUACUUUGAUGAGGAAGACGACGUUCCAGUGGUUCCUCCCCUUGCCGAGUCACCAGUUGAUGAGGAAACAAAGUAA